UUGUGCGGAGUGAAAAAGAAAGAGCGGGCCGCUAUCUGGCACGAGACUGGAGCCAGGAAGGCAGGCCCGUUCGCUCGCAAAAUGGUGUUCAAAGUAAUAAUAAAUUAAUCUAGUUGGCCUUUGCAUCCCAGAAGGACUUCAAGGCAGGCAUCUAGGGUACUGCAGUUGAGGUUCUUCUAAGAGUCCACGAUGUUCGGAAUAUGUGGCUGCGGGUCGGACUCCGAGGAGGAGGAAGCCAGAAGGGAAAAACAAAGGAAGAUAUUGGAGUACAAAAGGAAGAAACAGCUUAUGAUGCAGCGUCAAAAUAUGCCAGCCACGGAAGGACAGGUCGUUCCAGAGUUUUCGGAGCCGCCUCAGGGAUUGGAACCACAAUUUGCCGGUACUACGCGAAGCAAUGCUGCAAUGAAGACAGCUGAUUACCGAUGCGAAAUGGAGCGUGCUGGCGCGCACAGCUCGUGCUCCAAGUUGGAAAGCGCUGAUCAGAACGACAUCAUAUUUCAUCAACGUGGGCCUAGUGCGGGACCAAUAAAUCCAUUUGUUGCUCCACCCCCGGGCGCUCCUAUCGUUUUAGAGACGCCUCCAAGACAACAGUCUCCUCCUUCACCUGGCAGUCUCCAAGAACAACUGUCCGGCAGUCAGGGGGCUCAACCAGGGGAUGUUGGAUCAAUGCAGAAACAAUUGUCGUCCCCUGGUUCGAGUUCCGACAAAAAUGUACAACCUAAGAAACCUAGCGAUCAGUCCACCACGGAGACCACAACCUUGUCUCAGGAGGUCAUGGGUCCUGGCCCAGGCCCCGAAGCUAUUGCCGAAGCUGCCCUGAGCAGCGAUGCACUGUAUGCAGAGAAACCGGGAAUUCGCAUUUUGACGACUGAGAAAAUUACUCGCCGCCAGUACGUGUACAACAUGGAGAAAGACGGCCUGGAUGAAUGUCGUCUCGACCCUGAUAGGAAUAUGGCUCAGGAAAGGUGGGGGCACGAACAAGAACCUGGGGAGCAUAAGUAUUAUGUUCCACCAACUCAUGACCAACAGAAACCCCCUGAAGUGUUACAACAAGCGCUGGACACCACGAUAUUCGAAGACAGCGAUACCGGCAAGGUACGCUUAAAUGUUACGUGCAAGAGCAGCACAGCCUUGCACAAGAGUGGAACGAAUGUAACAGCGCCUCAAAAUCAACAACCUCCUGUUUACUCCGGAGAGUACCUCACAGGGUACCCUCCUGUGCCUGAACGUUUCGGCGAAUAUUAUCCGCCUCCCGGUUAUCCCGCACCAGCACCUCCAGGUUAUGCUGGAUCUACUUAUUACGCACCUCCUCCAGGGUACUACCCCCAGUACAGACCUGAAUAUUACCCCCCACAGCCGCCGCCGCCUCUGACAUAUCCUGCUCCUAAUUAUCCCGCGUCGCCCUCGUAUCGACUGGGCCCUGCCUACUGGAAACACCCUCGGAAACGGGGUUCCAAAACUGGACCGACUAUAAACACGGACAUUAUUUUUGACAUAAAUGUCAACAAACUGCCGUCCAAGGCCACCAAGUCCGAUGAUAGCAACGGAACCGUUUCAACUUCGAGCACUACAACCACCAGUAGCUCCAAAGCGAAGGAGAAGCGUGAAAAAAAAUCAAAGUCGAGCACCAGUUCGAAUACAUCGUCUGGAAAGGUCACAAGCAACAACAAUGUCAAGUCAGACAGUACUAAGCCAAACACUACGUCCAAAACCAAUACCAAUACUAAGGUCAAAUCGACAAGUGGAUACAAUAGCCAAUCAAGAAGCAGACAGAAGAGAGCAGUGUCACCACUUUUGGAAAACAAUAUGCGAAGAAAGUCAAACAGUAGAUCCGCGAGCCAAGUAAAGUCAAACAGUAGAUCCGCGAGCCAAGUAAAGUCAAGCAGCCAGCCUGGCAGUAACCAAAGUAUUAAGUCCAACAGUAAACAAGAUCAACGCGGCAGUAACAAUAACUCGAAGCCGAACAGCGACCAGCGUGGCUCAUCGCUAUGUAGAUGCGGCCACGACAGCAGGAAGUGCAGGGCCUGUGAGCCGCCAGUGAUGGAAGAAGUUACUGAAUAAAUCCCUCGUAUGAA